AUGCCCACACUCACCACCCGGAGUUCAGACCACACAGCUGAUUCCAGCAAAUCCCGUGCGUCGAGCACACGACCCAGCAAGGCUCAGUACCAGCUUAUUGAAGAUGUGGAAGAUUUGGAUAGAUAUUGCUCUGGAGGCUAUCACCCUCUGCAGAUCGGGGACGAGUUGGCCCGUGGGCGAUAUCGACUAGUUAACAAGUUAGGAUAUGGAGGGUAUUCAACCAUAUGGCUAGCCCGUGAUCUAUGCAGGGCCAGAUAUGUAGCGGUGAAGGUUAUUACUGCUGAUGCCAGUUGCACCCAUGAGGCCAGUCUUUUAUCCUCUCUCAGCCAAUCAUCCAGACCAGGGAGAGAGAUUAUCCCAUCUCUUAUUGAUGACUUCUGGAUCACCGGCCCCAAUGGAAGGCAUGAAUGUGUCGUGACUUCACCCGCACAAAUGAGCUUGUUUGAUUCCAAAGAAGCUUCGAUUUCUGGCCUUUUCCAUCUCAAUGUUGCACAGUCAAUUAUUGCCCAGCUUAUUCGUGGAGUCGCGUUUCUUCACCACGAGAAUAUCGUACAUGGCGACCUUCACCUUGGAAACAUCCUAGUCCAGUUUCCUAGGAUGAUUGAUCGCUUUCCAACAUCAGAGUUAUACGAAAGAUAUGGACAGCCAGAGUCAGAAGCUGUCAUCCGACUUGAUGGUAAGCGUUUAGUGGACAGUGUACCUGCCCGUGUAUUCAUACCUGGUUGGUUCGGAGUCCCUAGUGACGAGGUUGUUCUUGGUGAUGAGAAGAUCCUCCUCAGCGAUUUCGGCGAAUCUUUCAACCCAGACACAGAGCCCAGAUUCUCCUCGAAGACCCUCCCACUCCUCCAGCCACCGGAAGCUAGAUUCUCAGAUAGACCGCUCUCCUUUGCUUCAGACAUCUGGACACUUGCCUGUACCAUCUGGGAAAUCCUAGGCCAGCGACCUUUGUUUGAAGCUUAUUUCCCGACUGUCGACCGUGUCACUAUGGAGCAAGUUGAAGCCCUAGGCAGAUUACCCUUGGAAUGGUGGAGAAAAUGGGACAGAAGACUGGAAUGGUUCGAUGAAGAAGGGAAAAUAGACCUGAAGCCAGAGAUGUCGAGAGACCAUGAGGGCAUGCGCAGGACCUGGGAUAGGAGGUUUGAGCACUGCAUACAGAAGCCUCGAGCUGCGGCGGGCCUGGAGACCUUGGCAGUGGAAGAAAGGAAAGCAUGCGAGAAGAUGCUUCGGUCGAUGUUGACUUUCCGGCCAGAGGAAAGAGCGACAGCACAACAGGUAAUGCAGUCAGAAUGGAUGAAAGGCUGGGGACUGCCAUCCCUGGAACAGAGCCGGAGAACCUCUGGAAUCAAUGAAAGCUAA